AUGGCAAGUGCAGGCAGCUCCUCAAACUGCAGAAUGAUCACAGGGGAUCAGAACCCAGAGGAGCAGCACCCAGUGGAGCAGCUUUGCUAUGAGUUCGUAUUCAGGCUCUUCAAAGAAAAUAAGGUGGAGAUUGCAAAUGCCAUACCAAAGCCAUUUCCUUUUCUCAUGGGCCUGCGAGAUCGGGACUUCAUCUCUGAGUCAAUGUACGAGCAUUUUCAAGAAGCUUGUAGAAAUCUGGUCCCGGUGGAAAGAGUGAUGUAUGAAGUUCUCAGUGAACUGGAGAAGAAAUUUGACAAGACGGUUCUGGAAGCCCUGUUCAGCCAGAUUAACCUGAAGGCCUAUCCUGAUUUACUUCAGAUUCGCAAUAGCUUCCAAAACGCGAUUUGUGACAACUUCUAUUACCAAACCAUUGAUGAAGGAGAGACAAAGGAGAUGCUCAACUCACAAUUAAACCAUGAACAAGGAACAGAGCUACCAACUUUUGGAAAUAAGUGCUCCUGUGUGAUGUGCUUCUCUAAAGAUGUGCCCAGAAGUCCAGAAGGAAGAACUGAAAGUACGCAAGCUGAUGACAUGAUAGAUAUGGCGGAUCUUGGGAACAACUCUACUGUGAGAAAACUCAAGAGGAGAAGAAAAAAAAAGAAAGGUCGUUCCUGGACAAGAAUAAAAGCAAAAUCGAGAAACAUACAUCGAAAAGACAACAGCGAAACUGCUGACCAGCCAGCCCCAAGUGAAAAGAUGGUGAAAAUGCGUCUGCAGGACCCUGUCAAGAUCAGGAGGAAAAAGAGAGGCAGACCUAGACUCCACUUUACUAAUAAUGACAGAACCCCACAGAGAAGAGCUAGGUCAAGAGGGAAAAGAAGGUACAGAUAUGAACAUGUGAAUUUUCACUCUCAGAUAAUUCCUGUGACCUGUGGUAAGGUGAAGGGGAAGUUAUACAAGAAGAAAUUGAAAGAAGGAGUCCGGGUGAAGUGUAUACAGAGUGAGAGCGGAGACUGGUUCACCCCCAGGGAAUUUGAAAUCAGAGGCGGCCACGAAAGAUCAAAGAACUGGAAGUUAAGCGUUCGCUGCGGAGGGAGGCCCCUGCAAUGGCUGAUGCAGAGAAGAUUUCUCCAUAAUCCUCCAAGGAAAUAUUACGGGAGAAGAAAGAAAAGAGGACUGAAGUCUCACAACAACACCUUAGAUGACCUUUGUCUGGGAAACUCAGAUGAGUGUGAGACCUGCCGGGAUGGAGGAAAGCUGUUCUGCUGUGACACUUGUUCGAGGUCUUUUCACGAGGACUGUCACAUCCCGCCGGUGGAAACUGAGAAGAGCCCGUGGAGUUGCACCUUCUGCAGGAUGACAGAGUCUUCAGGAAACCAGCAGGGUCUCCAGGAAUCUGAGGUCCUGGCGAGGCCGAUGCAGCCAGAGGAGCAGCUGAAAUGUGAGUUCCUCCUCUUGAAGGUCUAUUGCCAUUCAGAGAGUACCUUUUUUGCGAGGAUUCCAUAUUAUUAUUAUAUCAAAGAGGCUUCUAAAAACCUCAGGGAACCCAUGUGGUUGGACAAGAUCAAGAAGAGGCUGAAUGAGCAGGGCUACUCCCACGUGGAAGGGUUUGUGCGGGACAUGCGUCUCAUCUUUCAGAACCACAGGGCCUCUUACAAGUUCAAUGACUUUGGCCUAAUGGGACUUAGACUGGAGGCAGAAUUUGAGAAGAAUUUCAAGGAAGUGUUUGCUCUUCAGGAAACAAAUGAGAACAGUUGUCUGGAAUAG